AUGGCAUCUCACCUUGACCUAGAUGCUUCGGUACAUUCUUCGCAGGCACACCACAACGAUGUCUCCGAUGGGCCACCGAGAAAACGAAAGAAGAUCGGGACGACCGGGCGGAAAGCGGCUUGCCAGCCUUGUCGGAUGCGAAAAGUGAAAUGCGAUCGAACAAAACCCGUGUGCUAUAUUUGCAAAUCCUCAGGGGCCGACUGCCACUACUUAAAUGAAGGGUCUGAAAAUCUGACACUUCAGACAGCGACCGAUCGUAUUCUCGAACGGAUUGAGAGGCUCCAGACCGGCCUUGACACCCUGACAAAUGUGUCCAGAACACCGAGCACCGCUCAGUCGCUGCCUGACCGGCACCCCCGAACAGUCUCUCCCUCGUCGGGGGCCAUCCCCGAGGCAGGUUUCACAACCUUGGAGCCCUCGCGUGACUUCUUACAAAUUCCGCCUCAUCGGACGAGUUCAGAUAGCGUCCUCUGCUGGGAGAUCUUCGACAAACGUUAUGGCCCAAACGCUUUAAUUGGGGCUUUGUUUCCCUCGGACGAAAAUGGUCUUGCUGACCUUUCUGUGCAAGCGACUGACGAUGUCUUUGCUCCCUACAGAAGGUUUAAGCCGCCUCAAGAAGAACGCAUUCCCGCCUUGAUUGAUAAUUUUUUGCAAAACGUCCAUACCAAGAAUCCGGUACUCCAGGUUGAACUUCUGGUCGAGGAAGGCCGGAAAGCCGCGCAGCGAGGUCUCGGCUGGGAUGCGUGGUCAUGUCUUGUCUUGUUGGCUUGUGCUCUGGGUUCGGUAGCAAAACCGUUUGCUCUGGCAGACUCUUUAUCAUCCGCGACUCGGGCUGAAGAGAGCGGUUUCGAAACCAUGAGCGGUGACCGACGAGGUUCAAAUGACGUCUUCGCCAGAGAGUUGGAAGAUGGAGAGUCCUAUUUUCUCCUGGCCUCACGCCGCUUGGGGACCUUAAAGCACACCCUUCUGGGGGCUCAGUGUCAUUUUCUCGCCGGAGUCUAUCUGAUGUAUACUCUUCGACCCCUGCUUUCGUGGCAGUACUUCUACCAUGCUUCAAUCUUGUUUCAACUCCACCUCAAAACGACCCACGGAAUUCAUGGGAUAUCGGGGAGACUGGAGAUUCCCGCAGCGCAUCUCAAUACCAUGGAUCGAAACCGACGCCGACUCGAGCAAAGUCUGUACUGGUCAUGUUUCAAAUCGGAGUGUGAAUUCCGGGUUGAACUUCCUCUUCCACAGUCUGAAAUCGGAAAUAUUCAGCAUCCAAACCUUUUCCCGUCUCCUCCCUCUCCGGCAACUCCCGUGCUGGUUGACCAUCAUUUCUCCCCACAAAUGGUGGGGUACUCAAACCCUAGAGGAGCCGAAUCAAUGAGAACGCCAGCCUCGAACGUCGCCAGCAAUCCGCAAACGGAGGAAGAGAUAUUCCUCAAGCAGCAUUCGAAGCAACUUUGUCGGGAAGAGGAGAGUUGGUACUACUACCUCACCGAGAUUGCCCUUCGCCGGAUUGGGAAUCGAAUCAUCAAUACCUUUUUCCGACAAGAGCGGACGUCGUGGCUUAACAUUCGCCCUCUUCUACGUAUCGCCCAGGAGUUCGACGUCCAAGUGUCUUCAUGGUCGGCCAAUCUUCCACCAGCAAUGAAGCACUAUGAAGCCACAUCCACCAUCAAGGCGCCAAUGCUAAACACGCAACGGGGAGAUCCCGAAAACUUCGUGUCCCGCGAAUUAAGCUGGGCCACGGAGAAUCGCAUCCUGGAGAUGCGGUCGUGGCUGUACCAACCAUUCUUGUACUAUUUCAUCCAUUCGAGCUCGAUCACGUCUCGAAGGACAUCGGCCAACAUCUACAGCACAAAUGGGUCUCACUCGCGAGGCAACAUUGACAGUCUCCUAAACCCAGUCACCGACCAUGUGUCAACAAUGAUCAUGUCUGACUCUUUGGACGAUGAAGAAAACGCCACCCUACAUCACAUGAUCACCUCUGGCAUCGAGUGCAACCUGAAAAUAUUGGAUGUGCGGUCUCUCCAGCAUCGACAUCACGGCCUCUGGUAUGAUUUGCGGAGUUUGAUGUGUGCGUCUUUGAUUCUCCUCGGAAUUGCCAAAAGUGGCCACGCAAACUGGAUUCCGGGUGGUCUCGAUAUUCUCUGGGGAUCUUCACACCCCCAAAAUUCGAAUCCGAACUCUAUGCUGCCUGUGGGAGGCAAGAUAGGAAACGUUCUGUCUCAGUUCAAAUUCUGGUCCAGCGAAUGCCCUGACCUCUUGAGACACCGGGAUAUCCUCUUGGAGGUUACGAGACAACUUCGACAGCAGCUACAGAGAACCGGGAUGACUAUCUUCUCUGGGACCGUGUUGGAUGAGAAUAAUUAUGAGUGCGAAAACUAG